AUAGACUUUAUCAUAUUAAACAACCCACAAAGAAUUAAGACCUGGGAACAUUGGAAGUUCUUCUGUAUACAACAAUGGGAGGCGAAACAGGGGACGGCGGAGUGGCCGAGUCGAAUCAAUUGUUGGAAGAUCGUGCCAACUCGUAUCAAACUCUGGAGGGAUUGACCAUGAAGGGGAUAAGGAUCGCGGAGUCCCGUAAAGGGUUCCUUCGUUGCCACUUCGUCGUCUCCAAUCUCAUAACCGUCAGUUCAGACCCAGAUGGGAAUUGGGAGAUUGGAGCCAUGGCGACACUGAUUGAUGCUGUGGGUGUGACUGCCGUUUACUCUUUGAUCCGCCAUCUCAAAGGUUCAGUUGAAUUGUCCAUCUCUGUUCUCUCCACGGCCAAAGCUCAGGAAGAGAUGGAGAUAGAAGCGAAGAUUGUUGGGGGGAGGGGAAGGCUGGUUUCAGUGGUGAUAGAGGUCAGGAGGAGAAGUAAUGGAGAGCUGAUUGCCUUAGGGAAACAAUGGGUGGCUAAAGCAACAGCAGGAGUCUGGUUAAGGUAAAAAGGGUAGUGAUUGCAGAUUACCUGCAGCCAGGGGUGAAAGCUCCAGGGACUGCAAACAAGACCAUCUUUUUACCAGAUCCAAUGGAAUGAAGGGACAGGCUCUGCAACUGGUCGUUCUCGUCCAGAUACAUGAGCCUGCCAUCUGGGAU